GGGCGAUUGGGCUGGCAAGUAAUAUCCGGGCGUUUGUGGAUGCUGAUGAUAGUAGAGAGUAGCAUUAGUUGCUAGGAAAAUGGCAGAUGAAGGGUCUGACUCUGGUGUGGGAGGAGUGCAAAAGAAUUUAAACAAUGUGAUUGAAUCUUCAGACAAUGAAUCUGAAGAAUCUGGCAGUGAUGCCUCAGAGAGUGAUGACGGCGGGGAAGAGAGCGGCAAUGAGAGCUCGGGCAGCGGUAGCGACGCCGGCUCGGACAGCUCGUCGGGCAGCGCUGGCACCGCCGAUGUCUGCCCCAUCUGCCUCUCGCGCUUCAGGGGGCAGGAAGUUGGCAACCCAGAGUCUUGCGACCACAACUUCUGUCUGGAUCACAUCCUGGAGUGGGCCAAGAACGUGAACACGUGCCCAGUGGACCGGCAGCCGUUCUCGCUGGUGCUGGUCCGCAAGACGCCGGGCGGCAAGAUCGUGCGCCAGGUGACCGUCGACAAGCGGGACAUGCUGGAGGAGGCACAGGAGGACGAUCCUGUCUAUUGCGAGGUGUGCGGCCGCUGCGAUCGGGAGGACCGGCUGCUGCUGUGCGACGGCUGCGACGCCGGCUACCACCUGGACUGUCUGGAGCCGCCGCUGGACGCCGUGCCGGUCGACGAGUGGUUCUGCCCCGAGUGCGCCCCGCUCCGGGCCGACCCGCGCCUGCUGGCCGCAGAGGUGGGUGUGACCCAGGAGGAGGUGCUGGACCUACUGGAUGACCCGGACUAUGACUCUGAGCUCCCUCUGCUGCGGGCCGGCCCCCGCCUGCUCCGCUCGGUCCGGCCGGUGGCUCGCACCAGGCUCAGCGAGCGGAUCGCCUCCCGCCUGCCGCGCAGCCGAGGCGCCACCGCCACCACCACUGCCUCUGCCGGGAGCGGUCUGCCGUCCACCUCCAGCGGCCGGGGCCGCGGCCGGAGCGGCUCCACGGCACCCCGGGCCGCCGCCACCAAGCGGAAGAGGAAGACGAAGAAAAAGGUUUCACGCUCUAAGUCCACCCGCGGUCGGGGCAAGACCAAAACGCGCCGCAAGAAAAAGAAAGCUGGUCGGAAAAAGACAAAAGCGAGGCGCGCCCCGGCCGAGCCCGACCCGUACGAGCGCACGCGUGAGAGCCUGCGCCGCCUGCUGGCCAUCCGGCGCAUGAAGCCCGGCCAGAUGGCGCCACCUGUGAUGCGCGCCGGUCGAGCGGAGCGGGGCGGUCCGGGCGCCGGCGCCGGCGGCCCGCGGUACGGGGACGGCCUACCCACUCUGCACCUGUUCGGACGGCGUGACGACCUGCUCCACCUGAGCGGCGCCAGCGACUCUGACGAGCGGGGCUCGACAACGGCGGCGGCGCGGCGGCGGCCGCUCUCGCGCGCCGAAAUCGUGGCGCGGCUGAAGCGUCGGGCGCGGCCGACACGAGAGUGA